AUAAAUUGAACAAUAAUCUAUUUUAGAAUAUGGAAAAGGAAAAAGCUGGUGGAAUUUUGGUUAAGACUGAUGAUUAUGUGACUGAUUCUUUCAGGGAUUUUAAGAGUGCAUUUCAAGACAUUGACACACUCGAAGACAGAUUUAAAAAGGAAGUACUGUCUGAAGUGAAUAAACCAACAGCAUCAUCAUCAUCAAAACAAGGAACGUCAUCAACCAGUGAAGAAAGAAAGUCUGACAAAAAAGUAAACAAACCAAAGUCCACGCUUGAAGAUGAUGACCCACUUCGUAUCCCAGGCACGGAACGUCGACCACUUACUGAUUGGAUGACUGAUCGAGAUCCUUUUGGGGUGGGGAGAGGAGACUUGGACCCCUUUGGAGGGGGUGUUGGUGGUGGAAUGCUGAUGGAUCCUAGUCGUUUCAGAACACCAGGUGGGCCUUUUGGACCACCACCCAUAAGUUCAGGAUUUCCUGGAAGACUGCCAAGGUUUGUAUUUCUAAUAAAUCA